AAGCAUGCAUUUAAAGCUCUCUCUCUCUCUCUCUCUCUGCUAUGCCCACUCUUUCUUGCUUUUGCCCUGCCUAAAAGAAUUUGGUUCACUCUAUUUUAUCCUCGUACAAGACGUGAAUCGGUGCAGCAUUCCCAAUUCACUUUGCUAAGAAUAAAUGUUGCUGAAACAUGGGUUCUUUGCCCCUCUCGUCAUGUGUUCAUUGUGUUCUGCCCUGGUGUUUGGCACUCAUGAGGGAUUCAUAAGCAUAGACUGUGGAAGCUCAGAGCAUCAUCACGAAGAUGCCCUUACAAAGAUCCACUAUACUUACGAUGCCGAAUACAUCGAUACCGGAAUAAGUGCAACCAUAAAUAACCUAUACAACAUAUCUUCACUAUCAAGGCAAUUCUGGUCUACUCGAUCAUUUCCAAAGGGAAAGAGGAACUGUUACAAUCUUUACCCAGUGGUCGACAACCAUAGAUAUCUGAUUCGAGCAUCGUUCAUGUACGGGAACUACGAUGGAUUGAAUGAAUUGCCUGAGUUUGAGCUUUACUUGGGUGUAAACCAUUGGGAAACAGUGAAGGUGACGAAUGCUUCCGAAGAAAUUUGGACGGAGAUUAUCAGCCUAGCGACUGCGGAUUCUAUAGCAGUAUGUCUAGUGAAUACCGGGUUCAGUACUCCAUUCAUUUCUGUUUUGGAGCUGCGAUCGGUGGAUCAUGAAAUGUACACCUCUGUCACUAAGUCGACCUCCUUGACGACCUUUGGUAGGUGGGAUAUGGGGGCAUCCGGCGGAGCCACUCAAAUAAGGUAUGACCAAGACCCCUAUGAUCGCAUUUGGAAAUCAAUGAAUCUCCAGUCUCAAGGCUUUCUAAUCACUUCCUUUGUGAUCCAAUGUGUGGCUUCUAAUGGCUUCAACCCACCAUCCAUAGUCAUGCAAACUGCCUCCCAGCCCUCUCAUUCAUCAAACAACUUGGAAUUUUAUUGGCCAAUAGACAACUGUGAAAGCAAAUCUUCCUUCCAUUUUGCCUUCCAUUUUGCAGAGCUGAAAGUUCUUAAUGAAACAGAGACCAGAGAACUUAACAUCUUCAUCAAUGAUGGACAAAGAUGGAAUCCAAGGCCUAUAAUUCCUCCAUUUUUGAGAGCUCUAACUGUGUCCACAAAAGAAGCUUGGACACUGAGCGACGGUCUUCGGGUUUCCAUCAACAAGACAGACAUGUCCACCCUUCCUCCGAUUCUCAACGCAUUUGAGAUUUACAGGCUUAAGGACCUCUCCUUGUUCACAACCGACAAUCAAGAUGUUGAAGCUUUCAUGGCUAUGAAGAGGGUUUAUGGAAUUAAAGGUUGGAAUGGCGAUCCCUGCCUUCCUAGAAAUUACAGUUGGGAUGCCCUAAACUGCAGCGAUUCGCCAACUCCAAAAAUCAUUUCUUUGAAUUUAGGGGGGAGUGGAUUGAGUGGUAGAAUAUCAGCAGCACUAGAGGGCCUCAAAGAAAUUCAAUCUUUGAAUUUAUCCAACAACAGUCUCACAGGUACCAUACCUGAUGUUUUGUCCCAUCUCCCAAAACUGGUGAUACUAGAUUUAAGAGACAACAACCUUAGUGGGUCAGUCCCAAGGGCCUUAUUGGAUAAAAAUAAUAGUCAGUCACUUGCUAUAAGAAUUGAUGGGAAUCCCAGUCUUUGUUCGACCCCCUCUUGUGGUCAGAGUAGAGAUAGUGUACAAAUGGGACGUAAUAAUCAUAGCCAGUGCCCCCAAGCUGUUAUAAUAGUAUCUAUUGUUGGGGGAAUAGUGAUUAUCUCUGCCUUCUUUAUGUUGCUAUUAUGGAAGAUAAGGAACCUUCAAGUGAAGAUGAGCAAAGGAAAGCUGCAAUCUCCAUCUGAAAUGAAUGGCUCCAGAGCAUUUGCAUACUCAGAGGUUGUAAGCAUUACCAAUAACUUCAAGAAUGUAAUUGGUAGAGGAGGUUAUGGGAUCCCUAAUGAUGGUCGUCAUGUUGCUGUAAAGGUGUUGUCUUCUGCAUCUCGGCAAGGAUUUAAGGAAUUCUCAGCGGAGGUUAAACUGUUGAUGCGAGUUCAUCACAAGAACUUAGCAGCUUUUAUAGGAUUCUGUGAGGAGGGAAAUAAUAUGAUUCUUAUAUAUGAGUAUAUGGCAAAAGGAAAUUUACAAGGGAUUCUGUUAGAUGAUCAUAGCUCAAGAGUCUUCAAUUGGGAGCAGCGUCUUCAAAUAGCACUGUGUGCUGCACAAGGAUUGGAGUAUCUACACUACGGUUGCAAACCACCCAUCAUUCACAGGGAUGUGAAGACAUCAAACAUCCUCUUAAAUGAAAGACUUGAAGCCAAAUUGGCAGAUUUUGGUUUAUCCAAGGCCUGGGCAAAUGACGGAGAUACGCAUAUAUCAACUGUAGUUGUUGGAACACCAGGAUAUGUUGACCCUGAAUACUACAUUACCAACAAGUUGAAUGAGAAGAGUGAUGUUUAUAGCUUUGGAAUAGUCCUUUUAGAGCUCAUAACGGGACUGCCGGCUAUAAUUGUGAAUGAACAAAGAAUUCAUAUCAUACAGUGGGUAACUCCCAAUCUUGUGAAAGGGAGCAUUGCGAGCAUUGUUGAUCCAAGGAUGCAAGGGCAGUAUGACACUAGUUCCAUGUGGAAAGUUGCAGAGAUAGCAAUGGCAUGUACGCCACAUACUGGCAUAAAGAGGCCUACAAUGAGUGAUGUUGUGCAUGAAUUGAAGGGAUCGCUUGAGCUAGAAGUUGCCCGUCUUAAAAGGAUUUCAGGAAAGAAAUCAAGGUCACAGUCGAGGAAUUCAAGUAAUCUAAUUCAAUCUAAUUCACAAUCGGUUUUCUAUCCUUUACCAAGGUAGGAAGAAGGCUAAUUGUGAGGUAAGUAAUGGCAGUCACUUACCAUGUUCCCAUUGUGUGUGUAUGAGACAGAGAGAGAGUAUGCAUCUUUUUCUUGGGUGUCCCAUGUGAGAUGUUUAAUUAUUGUCAGGGGAGCCCAUUCAUUUAUUUGAUUUUGCAAUGUCAUAAAUCUUUUAAAAGUGUAAGAACAUACAACAGGAUCUUUGCAUGGUUUGUAUUGA